UCACUCUUCAUUCUCAUAACCCAGCUCAGACAAGCCGGACGUGUUUUCACACUUCUCGCUGUGCUCGCCAUAGAGCACAUUUUUUAAACACUUGACAAAGUUUUCAAAAACUGAUUUUUUCGCCCACAAAGCGACUCAAAUAUCCGAAAAAGUGCUGCUAGAAGUGACCUCGGCAUAAUGUCUGAUCGUUACUCUCAAGGGCGCUCGCGAGCCCGUGGUUAUGCAGAAGUGGGUUCACCUCACGAAGGGCGUGCAAGUCCAGUGUCCCGACCAGCGUAUAGUUCGCGGGAUGAGGGUCGCUCGAGGGAUCAUCACCGGGAGUCAUCAUCGGGUGCCCGCGAAAGGUCCUCCGGAAACGGAAAUGGAAGUGAUCGUGGUGAACGAUCGGACCGCGGUGAACGGCCCGAACGUGAUGAGCGACGCAAACGUACCCGCCGUGGUGCCGGAGAUACGCUCCGUACACGCGCCCUGGAUGCUCCAUCAAAGCACGGCACCACGGGUCAGGCUCUCCAGCUCAACAGUAACUACUUCAAGCUGUUGAAACAUAUCGAGUGGACAUUGUACCAGUAUCGCUUAGAUUUCUCUCCGCAAUGCGCAAGUAUGCGGCUUAUGCAAGGGUUGGUCAAUGAGCAUAAGAAAAUAUUCGGCGGUUUCUUGUUCGAUGGCACGCAACUGUUCAUGGUCAACAAGUUGCGUUCAGAUCAGCUAACAUUGCAGUCUAGGCACGAAAGAACUGGAGACGUCUAUCAUCUACGUAUCGUGCACACUGGUUCCGUUGAUAUGACCAAUGAAGCGGGUAUUCAAGUACUCAAUUUGAUCCUUCGUCGUGCUAUGGCUGGGCUGAAUCUUCAGCUGGUUGGUCGCAAUUUGUUCGACGCGGCAGCAAAGAUUGCCAUUCGUGAGUAUCAGAUCGAACUGUGGCCAGGCUACAUUACCAGUAUUCGUCAGCAUGAACAAGAUAUUCUCGUGUGUUGCGAAAUUGCCCAUAAAACUAUGCGUAUGCAGACUUGCUACGAUAUCCUGCGCGAUUGCCAGAAACACGACCGUAACUACAAGGAUUCGUUUAAACGCGCCGUACUUGGUGUCGUUGUGUUGACCGGUUACAACAACAAGACCUACACUAUUCACGAUGUUACAUUUGAAACUACGCCAGAAAGUACGUUUGAUACCAAGGCUGGCAAAACAUCCUUCAUUGAGUAUUACAAACAAAAGUACAACAUCCGCAUUCGCGAUCCACAUCAGCCUAUGUUGCUGUCACGAGCCAAGAAACGUGAUUUACGUGCUGGAGGCAGUGAGCUUAUGGCACUUGUCCCAGAACUCUGUCAAAUGACUGGAUUGACAGAUCAAAUGAGAUCUGAUUUCAGAAUGAUGCGUGCUAUGGCCGAUCACACUCGUCUGAACCCGGAUCGACGUAUAGAACGAUUGGAAACAUUCAACCGCCGGCUGCAAACAUCUCCCGAAAGUAUGGAAGUGUUCAAGACCUGGCAGAUGGAGCUGGACAGACGCCUGAUUGACCUUCCAGGUCGACUGUUGCCACAGGAAAUGAUCUUCUUCUCAACCACCGCAAAUGGUGUACAAGCUGGGGAACAGGCAGAUUGGACUGCGCAUUUCCGUAACAAUCCUAUGUUUGCAACGGUACGGUUGACACGUUGGUAUUUGAUCGUGCCGAACCGUGCGUCACGCGAGGCGAAUGAUUUCCUGGGAUGCAUGAUCCAGGCAGCUCGUGGUAUGCGUUUUGAGAUUAGUAAUUGCGAAGUCGUCACAAUUCCGGACGACAACCCGGGCACGUAUGUGCGGACCCUGGACAACCUACUUAAUAAGGAUCCACAGCUGGUGAUGUGCGUGGUGACCAACAACAAGGCCGAUCGAUAUACAGCCAUCAAGAAGAAAUGUUGCGUUGACCGUGCUAUUCCCACACAAGUCAUGGUACAGAAAACCAUCACACCGAAGGGUGGUAAUGUUCGAACGCUUAUGUCUGUAGCUACAAAGGUUGUCAUUCAAAUGAAUUGCAAACUGGGUGGUGUCCCAUGGAAGGUCAAGAUCCCCCUCAAUGGCCUGAUGACCAUUGGAUUCGACGUUUGCCAUGAUGGAAAGGAUAAGUCAAAAUCCUUUGGAGCCAUGGUGGCCACGUUAGAUCACGAUAACAAGGGUACGCCGAAGUUCUUCUCAACUGUUAGUCAGCAUACGCACGGCGAGGAAAUUUCCAAUUAUCUCCCCAUCAAUACCGUUAAGGCGUUGAACGAAUACCGUAAAGAAUUCGGUGAGCUGCCCAAGCGUAUAAUCUUCUACAGAGAUGGUGUUGGUGAAGGUCAGCUGCACUAUGUGUACGAACACGAAGUUAAGUCCAUUGUUGAAAAAUUAAAUCAGAUCUAUAAGUCAGCUGGUAUCGAUCAGGAUGUACUGUUAACAUUCUUCAUUGUGAACAAGCGAAUCAACACUCGCUUCUUUGAUCACCGUCAGAAUCCAAGACCAGGUACAGUGGUUGAUGACGUCGUCACCCUACCAGAAAGAACCGAUUUUUACCUUGUAUCACAGUCAGUCCGUCAAGGUACGGUUUCACCGACGGCGUACAACGUUAUCUACGACACGUCUGGCUUGAAGAUCGACCACUUGCAGAUGCUGUCGUACAAGCAGUGCCACUUAUAUUACAACUGGUCUGGUACUACCCGUGUACCAGCGGUAUGCCAGUACGCACACAAAUUGUCCUUCUUGGUGGCGCAGUUCCUUCACCAGGCACCGAGUAACUUGCUGGAAAAGAAGCUGUACUUCUUGUAAACAGCUAAAAAAAUCAAUUGCAUGGUGACUUGAGAGUCGCAACCUAGUUCAUAAGUAUUGCAGUUACAUUUUUAGUUAGGUAUACACGUUCUUUCCAACCAGAGAGAUAAUUUUACAUUUUGACCCGUUCCCGCAGCUGUGAAUUUUUUAAACAGUUGUCAACGACCUCAGAUCAAGAAUGAAAAAAUGAAAAGAGUAAUUUUUAUAACUUGCAUCUUCUUAAUCGAUGUUAAAGAAAUCCCAGUAAUUUCUAAUUUUCCGAAAUCUUGUGUGAAAACUGCAGAACGUAUAUAUCACAAAUAACUAAUAUAAAUAUUACCUAUAGCAUGCUUACUCACAGAAAUAAUUUUAAUCAUAUGUGACUAAAAAUUUGAAUAAAUGCUUGAUGACAAAUCUAUGAAAGAAA